GUUUUGUGGCGCAUCCCAACUAUCAUAUUGGCGGUGGGGGCAACGAACCCAUGAGCAUGAGCGCUGCGACCACCACGUUGGCGACCACAGCAGCGCCAGGGACCACCAUACCCGACGGUGUCAAGCCAGAGCUUGACAACAACGGCGUGCGCACGUUGCGCAUUGCAUUUGUUGGCAACGUCGACAGCGGCAAGUCGAGUUUGAUCGGGACGCAGAUACGAGGCGAGUUGGACGACGGUCGUGGUCUGUCCCGCCAAGCGAUCUUUCGUCACAAACAUGAACUGGACUCUGGGCGGACAUCGAGCAUCGCGACGGCAUACAUGGGCUUUGACGCGCAAGGCGAGCAAAUUGUCGCGAAACGAAGCGGCAAAAUUUUGCCGUGGUCCGAGCUCGCCAAGCAUUCGCACAAGAAAAUUCAACUCAUCGACUUGGCAGGCAAGCUUCGCCAGUGCUGUGUCUCGACGACUUGUGAUCGCUGGCGUAGGACACGAACGGUACUUGAAGACAACGGUGUAUGGGCUGACCGGAAUGCAGCCCGACAUUGUUGUCGUCGUGGUGGGCGCGAAUAUGGGCGUAAAGAAAAUGACGUUGGAGCAUUUGGGCAUUACCAUGUCGCUUGAAAUUCCAGUCGUGAUUGCAUUGACCAAGAUAGACAUUGCCCCCAAGUCGGUCGCCCGUGACACGCUGCAGACCAUUCGCAAGUGCCUUCGUCAAUAUGGCAAGAUGGGCAUGCUGGUCAAGUCGUUGGAUGAAGCCGUGAACGCUGCCAAAGGCUUGCCCUCGAACCGAUUAACGCCAAUCCUGCCACUCUCAAACGUCACGGGCGACGGGCUGGCCAACCUCCGCCACUUGCUCCAAUGCGUCGACGUGGAUGCACUCGUGCGAUCGGCGCAGUCCUUUACCAGUCACGACGAAAGCAGCGAUGAAGUUGGCGCAUUCGCCACGCCGAUUGCCGGUCCAGAGAAACAACCCGACCAUGGACUGUCGGUGGAAAUGCCCAUUGACGACACGUACCAGGUUCCAGGCGCGGGCUUUGUCAUUGCCGGCACCAUUGUCAGCGGGACCAUCAAAACGAACGACACGGUUAAAAUCGGUCCCGAUCACAAUGGCCACUUCCACAAGGUGGUCGUGCGGUCGAUCGAGUCGAUGUACAUGCCGCUAAAGGAAGUCGUGGCUGGCCAGACGACUGCCCUCGGCAUUCGCAGCUUGAACAAGAAGCAGGUGCUGAACCGGGCAAACUUUCGAAAGGGGAUGGUCCUGGUCAACGUGACAGCCGACGACAAGCCGUUUGUGUCGCGCAGAUUCGAAGCGAAGGUGAUGAUUUUGCACCACCAAACGACGAUCACGGUGGGGUACCAGCCCAUGAUCAACUGCCGCACGAUCCGCCAGACGGCCGCCAUCACGGCCAUCCUCGGGACCGAUGCGAGCAUUGAACAACGCACGAUCCGCACAGGGGACCGCGCCGUGAUUCAGUUUACGUUUUUGCACUUUGCAGAGUUCCUCAAGCCCGGGAUGCGCUUUGUCUUUCGCGACGGCCAGGCCAAAGGCAUAGGCCAAGUCGUGCGCGUCCUGCCCGAUGCAGGCCAUACCAACAACCAGCUGGACGCAUCGUAGAGCGCAAUGGGCUUUCGUCCAAACGAGGCGCUACGAUGAUGUUUGUUGCAUGAAUAUACUGUCCAGUGACGAGA